AUGGUCGCCGCAACGCUCAGGGCCCAAAUAAACACCCAUGUCGCAUCCAUGUUCGCCUCGGGCAUGCUGGACGAGAAUUUCCAGCAACUGCAGUCGAUGGAGGAGGAUGGCAGCGCAGCCCUGGGCUAUGUCGCCGACAUCAUCAACCUCUUCAUCAACAACACCAACAGGAUCCUCAACGACAUCACCGCCCUGCUGAACCAGCUCGUAGUGAACUUCGACAUGGUGGAUGUCCUUGUGCGGGGUGCAGCUACAGAUUCUAGAAAUUAG